CGAAAUGUCAACAGAUACACGUACAUGUCCGACAUGAAACUGUGUUACUGUAUCGCAAAACCUUGUGUUUUCACUUGACAAACGGGUUGUUAUGACAAUGGCAGCCGUCGGACGGGAGGUUUUGUUGCUGACCGUCUUCCUGUUGUUAAACCCCUGCGAACCACAGCGAGCCGACAGAGAAAAGUCGCUGGAGCCGCAUGAGAAAGACGACGACGGGGGAGAGCAAGUGAAACAAGUCCCUGUGGAGAAGCAGCAAAUACAAGUGAACCACGAUGAAGACGAUGGAGUCGAUCCAAACACGUCACAGGUGGACGGACAGUCUCUCAGCAAGUCCAAUGACACAGAUAACUACAACAAUGAGACUCUCCUCUCCUCUGCCUCGACCAUUGUCAAGCCUCCGGCCACAGCGCCACCGACCCUCAAGCCCAUUCUGCCCUUGCAGACAGGGGUCAAGGCUCAAGAGGAGGAGCAGUCCAAUGGGCUGACAAUAUUCUUCAGCCUGUUGGUCAUUGGUAUCUGCAUCAUAUUGGUACACCUGCUCAUCAAGUUCAAGCUCCAUUUCCUCCCAGAGAGUGUGGCCGUGGUGUCUCUCGGGAUACUAAUGGGAGGCUUCAUCAAGAUUAUUGAGUUUCAAGAACUGGCCAACUGGAAGGAGGAGGAAAUGUUCCGGCCCAACAUGUUCUUCCUUCUGCUGCUGCCACCCAUCAUCUUUGAGUCGGGAUAUUCUUUACAUAAGGGGAACUUCUUCCAGAACAUUGGCUCCAUUACGCUCUUUGCUGUGAUUGGCACAGCCAUCUCAGCCUUCAUCGUUGGAGGAGGCAUCUAUUUCCUUGGCCAGGCAGAUGUGAUCUAUAAGAUGUCCAUGACCGACAGCUUUGCCUUCGGCUCACUGAUCUCGGCUGUGGACCCUGUGGCAACCAUUGCCAUUUUCAACGCCCUCAACGUGGACCCGGUCCUCAACAUGCUGGUGUUUGGCGAAAGCAUCCUCAAUGAUGCUGUCGCCAUCGUCCUGACCAACACCGCUGAGGGUUUCUUUUCCCGUUCAGACACCAACUCCACGGUAACAGGCUGGGAGAUCUUCCUGCAAGCACUGAGUUACUUUCUGAAAAUGUUUUUUGGAUCCGCCGCUCUGGGAACCCUCACUGGACUCAUCUCGGCUGUCUUUCUGAAACACUUUGACCUGAGGAAGACUCCUUCCCUGGAGUUUGGUAUGAUGAUCAUAUUUGCAUACCUACCGUACGGGCUGGCAGAGGGCAUCCAGCUGUCUGGGAUCAUGUCUAUCCUGUUUGCUGGAAUCGUGAUGUCUCAUUACACCCAUCACAACCUGUCUCCCAUCACUCAGAUCCUCAUGCAGCAGACACUGCGCACAGUCGCGUUCAUGUGUGAAACAUGUGUGUUUGCCUUCCUCGGACUCUCCAUCUUUAGUUUCCCACAUAAUUUUGAAUUCUCCUUUGUCAUCUGGUGCAUAGUCCUCGUGCUUCUGGGUCGAGCAGUGAACAUCUUCCCUCUCUCCUUCCUGCUGAACUUUUUCAGAGACCAUAAGAUCAACCCCAAAAUGAUGUUCAUCAUGUGGUUCAGUGGUUUGAGAGGAGCCAUCCCCUAUGCUCUGAGUCUUCACCUGGGCCUGGAGCCCAUCGAGAAGCGGCAGCUGAUCGGCACCACCACCAUCAUCAUCGUCCUCUUCACCAUCCUCUUCCUGGGGGGCGGGACCAUGCCUCUCAUCCGCCUUAUGGACAUAGAGGAGAGCCAGACUCGAAGAAAGAGCAAGAAGGACAUCAAUCUCAGCAAGACACAGAAAAUGGGUAAUACCAUUGAGUCGGAGCAUCUAUCAGAACUGACCGAGGAGGAAUACGAGGCUCAGAUCUUCCAGAGACAAGAUCUGAAGGGUUUCAUGUGGCUCGAUGCUAAGUACCUGAACCCUUUCUUCACUCGAAGGCUAACCCAAGAGGACCUGCUGCACGGCCGGAUCCAGAUGAAAACCCUGACCAACAAGUGGUAUGAAGAAGUUCGCCAGGGACCGUCAGGCUCUGAGGAUGAUGAAGACGAGGCAGAAAUCCUGUGAGGUCAACACAGACUCUGUGUGUGUGUGUGUGUGUGUGUGUGUGCGUGU